UGUUACAUUCAGUAGACAGAGGACCAACGAAUAGAAAAGACAAACCUGAUAAUUUUUUGUAAUCAUCUAUCAUCCGCCAUUAUUUACUCUUGUGACCGAUUCCACAGGGAAGCUUUGAAGAUUGAAAAAAUCAGAAAUCAGGGGCUUAAAUGGCGAGGAGACCGGACGAGGACUAUGAUUACUUGUUCAAAAUUGUACUAAUCGGCGAUUCAGGAGUGGGUAAGUCAAAUUUGCUAUCCCGAUUCACCCGAAAUGAAUUCUGCUUGGAAUCUAAAUCUACAAUUGGCGUUGAAUUCGCUACCCGUACCCUCCAGGUUGAGGGAAGAACGGUGAAGGCUCAGAUAUGGGAUACAGCUGGCCAAGAGAGAUACAGAGCCAUAACAAGUGCAUAUUACCGAGGUGCUCUGGGAGCUCUUCUUGUAUAUGAUGUGACAAAACCAACUUCAUUUGAAAAUGUGAGUCGAUGGUUGAAAGAACUUAGGGACCAUGCAGACUCCAACAUCGUCAUUAUGCUCAUAGGAAACAAGACCGAUCUCAAGCAUUUGCGAGCUGUUGCUACAGAGGAUGCUCAGAGUUUUGCUGAGAAAGAAGGCCUUUCUUUCAUUGAAACAUCUGCUCUGGAAGCGACCAAUGUAGAGAAGGCUUUCCAAAUGAUCCUUUCAGAGAUAUACCGUAUCAUUAGUAAGAAGUCCCUUUCCUCGGACGAGCCUGCACCAACUAGCAUCAGAGAAGGGCAGACUCUUGUCGUUGGACCUCAGGAGACCAACACUAAGAAAUGCUGUGCUGCUUCCUAAUGGCUUCUCCGUUUACCUCCCCAUGAACCCUCGAUCUGUUAAGCUUCCAUUUUGCAAUCUUUUGUUUUGAAUUUCUAGAUCAUUCAUCAAUUUAGAAUGUUUGGCAGUUGAUCGUAUAAUUACUGGGGCGUUCUUAGUGUAUAUGAUUGAAUGUGACAUAUUGACAGUUCUCGUUUU